CUCCGGCCCCUCUUCGUCCCCCCUCAUCCUCCGCGCACAUUUCCAGACGAGGAACCAGGGAGGCUAAGUGCAGGAAGGCAGGAUGCAGUACAAGAACCUGGGCCGGUCGGGGCUCCGCGUCAGCCAGCUCUCGUACGGCGCGUGGGUGACCUUCGGGAACCAGCUGGACGUGAAGGAGGCCAAGGCGCUGCUGCAGGCGUGCCGGGACGCGGGCGUCAACUUCUUCGACAACGCCGAGGUGUACGCCAACGGCCGCGCCGAGGAGAUCAUGGGCCAGGCCAUCCGGGACCUGGGCUGGCGCCGCUCCGACGUCGUCAUCUCCACCAAGCUCUUCUGGGGCGGCCAGGGCCCCAACGACAAGGGCCUCUCCCGCAAGCACGUCGUCGAGGGCCUCCGCGCCUCGCUCCGCCGCCUCGACAUGGACUACGUCGACGUCGUCUACUGCCACCGCCCCGACGCCUCCACGCCCGUCGAGGAGACGGUGCGCGCCAUCAACUGGGUCAUCGACCAGGGCUGGGCCUUCUACUGGGGCACCUCCGAGUGGUCCGCGCAGCAGAUCACCGAGGCCUGGGCAGUCGCCAACCGCCUCGACCUCGUGGGACCCAUCGUCGAGCAGCCGGAGUACAACCUCUUCUCCAGGCACAAGGUUGAGUCUGAGUUUUUGCCACUUUACAGCACCUAUGGCAUCGGAUUGACUACAUGGAGUCCUCUAGCUUCAGGAGUACUAACUGGAAAAUAUACCAAAGGGAACAUACCUGCUGAUAGCAGGUUUGCACUAGACAAUUACAAGAACCUGGCAAAUAGGUCCCUGGUUGACGACACGCUUCGAAAAGUGAAUGGGCUAAAACCUAUCGCCGCUGAACUCGGCGUUUCGUUAGCUCAACUCUCCAUUGCUUGGUGCGCGUCAAACCCCAACGUCUCAUCCGUGAUCACUGGAGCCACCAAAGAAAGCCAGAUCGUGGAGAACAUGAAGGCUCUAGAUGUCAUCCCACUGCUGACGCCGGAGGUCGUUGACAGGAUUGAGGCGGUGGUCCAGAGCAAGCCCAAACGCACUGAAUCAUACAGGUGAAGGCGGUACGUACGGGCCUACGUGAGUGUUCGUCCGAAUGGAGUUUAGGCCUCUCCAGUGACUUGGGGGGUGUUUGGUUUCUAGGGACUAAUUUU